AUGGCUCCCAAGAAGACCACGGUCUCAAAAGUAGCUGAACCUCAUGGGUAUGAGUUUGGUGGACCAUUAGGAGCUUUCGGUAUAUCUUUCGGAUUACCCCUUCUUUGCUACGCGACGACCUUUCUCUGCAAUGACAUUUCCGGUUGUCCUGUCCCCUCUUCCCUCUCUCCUUCGACGCUUACAAUCAACAAUCUUAAACAAGAGGUUGGAUGGCCCGCAAAUGGACUCGCCGGCUUAUUGAGCUGGGAUGUAUUUCUCAAAGUAGUAGGCUACUACUUUUUGAGCAUGGUUUUGCACAGAGUUUUGCCAGGUGAAGAGAAGUUGGGUGUCGAACUCGCAAGUGGUGGAAAGCUCAAGUACAAAUUCAAUACUUGGUCUUCUACAAUGUUUACAUUUGCUCUAUGCGCUGCAGGAACCAUCGCACAAGGAGCAGACUUCCCAGUGUGGACUUUCAUCUACGACAAUUAUCUACAAAUACUUACAGCGAACAUCAUCAUCUCCUACGGCCUCGCAACUUUCGUCUACAUCCGCAGUUUCAGUGUUAAGCCUGGCAACUCUGAACUGCGCGAGUUGGCUGCUGGUGGUCAUUCUGGAAAUAUGCUAUAUGAUUGGUUUAUUGGAAGAGAACUCAACCCAAGAGUGACUCUCCCAUUGCUUGGCGAAAUUGACAUCAAAGAAUUCUGUGAGCUACGACCAGGUCUCAUGGGGUGGCUUCUGAUGGAUUAUGCAUUUGUUGCUCACCAAUACAAGACUUACGGAUACAUCACCGACAGUAUCGUGUUGAUUACAGCAUUUCAAACACUCUAUGUGCUUGAUUCAUACUGGAUGGAAAAUGCUAUCCUCACUACCAUGGACAUUACCACAGAUGGCUUCGGACUCAUGCUAUCAUUUGGAGACUUAGUCUGGGUUCCAUUCAUCUAUUCUCUCCAAGCUCGUUACCUCGCCGUCUACCCACUUUCUCUUGGCGUCUUUGGCACUAGCGGCGUUCUCGCAGUUUUAGCUAUAGGAUAUUACAUCUUCCGUGGCGCUAACAAUGAGAAGAACCGCUUCAGAACUGACCCGACGGAUCCCCGCGUCGCACAUCUCAAGUACAUCGAGACAAAAUCCGGCUCCAAACUUCUCAUUUCCGGCUGGUGGGGUGUAGCUCGUCAUAUUAACUAUGCCGGCGAUUGGAUCAUGGCUUGGUCUUACUGUCUUCCUACUGGUAUUGCUGGUUAUUCAAUUAACCACAGCUCGGUGGCCCCAACAUCAGGUCAAUCCCUCGCAGAUGGUUCUUUCGUGUACAGUGGACCAGCAGUACAUACAGAAGUCACGCAAGGUGCAGCUAGGGGCUGGGGUAUGAUCAUCACAUAUUUCUAUGUGAUUUACUUCGGAGUCUUGUUAGUGCAUAGAGAAAUGAGAGACGAGGAGAAAUGUGAGAGAAAGUAUGGCGAGGACUGGAAGAGGUACAAGGAGAUUGUUAGAUACAGAAUCAUCCCAGGUAUUUAUUAA